CAAAGCAAAGAGUUGCUAUUUUAGCAAAAUGUAUAAACCAACUUGGUGGGAAUUUUGCGCUUCCUUGCUAAUGUUGGCGACACUGUUUCAACAGUGCUCAGGCUCACAGCGCUUUUGCGGAAAAGCGUUACCAGAAGCGCUCGAUCAGAUUUGUUUUAAUGGUUACAAUACGAAAAUUAAAAAGUCAAUGGAAUGGGAUGACUACACCAACAAUGAAGUCGGAGUAGAGCUGCCGCUCCCCUACGCAAAAUGGCCCUUCCUGGCUAAAGUUCAUGGUGGACAAGUUAAUUUGAAGGCCAAUCAACGUGGUCGUCGUCAUGGCGUAUAUGAUGAAUGCUGUCGCAAGGGUUGCACCUACAAUGAGUUGGUCUCUUACUGUUUGUAAAUUUUAUCUGGAUCAGAAU